AUGUCUACCCACCCCCGGUUUCUUUCCUUCCUUCUUUUCCUCCUCGUCAUCCACCUCCUCUUUCUUGCAUUCCCACCUCCUCCUCCUUCCCAUUGUGCUGCUUUUGUUUCUGCUUUAGUCACCACUACUUCUGAAACAAACGCUUUGGUGGCAUGGAAGGCGAGUCUUGACAACCACAGCCGAUCUAUUUUGUCCUCUUGGGUUGGAGCCGACUCUUGCAAUCAAUGGAUUGGAAUUGGAUGUCACAAGUCCAUAAGGAGCAUUACAUAUGUAAACCUCACGAGCCUUGAUUUGAGAGGUACGCUCCAUAGUUUUAAUUUCUCGUCCUUCCCACACCUCCAAAAGCUUGAUCUUAGCAACAACUCCCUCUUCGGAGACAUUCCCUCGAAUCUAGGAAUGCUUAUAUCUCUCACUCACCUAGACUUGUCAAGUAACAACAUCACAGGGCCAAUCCCAACUACUAUAGGAAACUUGGGCAACGUGACCAACCUAUACCUUCAUAUCAACAUGCUUUCUGGAUCUAUUCCUCGAGAGAUAGGAAUGCUUAAGUCUGUCGGUUGGCUAUACUUGUCAAGUAACAAACUCAUAGGGUCAAUCCCAGCCACUAUAGGAGACUUAGGCAACGUGAACACUUUGAUCCUUCGGGACAACAUGCUUUCUGGAUCUAUUCCUCAAGAGAUAGGAAUGCUUAAGUCUCUCAGUUGGCUAGAAUUGUCAAGUAACAAACUCAUAGGGCCAAUCCCAACUACUAUAGGAUACUUGGGCAACUUGACCAACUUGUACCUUCAAGGUAACAUGCUUUCUGAAUCUAUUCCUCGAGAGAUAGGAAUGCUUAAGUCUCUCAAUCAGCUAGACUUGUCAAGUAACAAACUCAUAGGGCCAAUCCCAGCUACUAUAGGAGACUUGAGCAACUUGUACUACCUAUACCUUUAUGACAACAUGCUUUCUGGAUCCAUUCCUCGAGAGAUAGGAAUGCCUGCGGCUCUCAUUGAUCUUCAAUUGUCAAAUAACAACCUCACAGGGCCAAUCCCACCUACUAUUGGAAAUUUUACUAGGCUCGCCACCCUAUUUCUGCAUCAAAAUCAGUUAUCAGGCCUACUCCCUCCAGAGAUGAAUAAUCUCACAAAUUUGAGGGUAGUGAGUUUUUCUGAUAACAAAUUUAUUGGCCAUAUUCCAAACAAUAUAUGUCUUGGUGGUUUGCUUGAGAAGCUUAUUAUAAGCGAUAACCAUUUCACAGGUUCCAUUGCAAAAAUCUUAAGGAACUGUACUAGCCUAGUUAGGGUGAGGCUAGACGGGAAUCAGUUCAAUGGAAACAUAUCAGAACAUUUUGGCAUCCACCCAUAUUUAACUUAUAUGGAUUUGAGCAACAAUAAAUUCUAUGGCGAGCUUUCUCACAAGUACUGGGGGCAAUGCUACAGAAUGUCGGCCCUAAAACUCUCCAACAAUAAAAUUUCAGGUGAGAUUCCUCUUGAACUUGGCGAAGCUACAAAACUACAACUGCUUGACCUCUCCUCAAAUAACCUUGUUGGGAAGAUCCCAAAGGAACUUGGGAGAUUGACAUCAAUGUCAGACCUUUUGCUAGACAACAACAUGCUUUCAGGCACUAUUCCAUUAGAAAUUCUAAUGCUUUCAAGUUUAGAAGUUCUUAACAUGGCAUCAAAUAAUCUAAGUGGCUUAGUUCCAAAAGAAAUAGGGGAGUAUCCAAGAUUGCGGAUCUUGAAUAUGCGUAAUAACAUAUUUGAAGGAACUCUGCCAUUUCAAAUUGGCAAGUUAGAAGUUUUGCAAUUUCUUGAUCUGAGCAUGAAUUUGUUUGUUGGAGAGAUACCACAGCAAGUUGGUGAAUUGAAUAAGUUGGAAACAUUGAAUCUCUCCCACAAUGGAUUCUCCGGUUCAAUUCCAUCCACCUUUGAUGAUCUCAUUGCCUUGAUAUCUGUCGAUGUAUCCUACAAUAAGCACUUAAAGGGCCCUAUUCCUACGGCCAAGCCCUUUCAAAUUGCUCAAAUUGAUUCCUACAGAAACACAAGCUUAUGUGGCAGUGUCCUAGGUUUGAAGGCUUGUCCCCUCUACGAUCAGCCGCAUUUCUGA